GGCAAUUGUUUUGCUUCAUUUCUAGGAUUAAAGAAACGUGAUAGCCAAAGACCAGAUUAUCAAAGCACUAUGGCCACUAUCAAAAAAGUAACCUCAGAAACUGAAUAUGUUUCUAUGGACAUUUCAAGAGAGUUUCACUCUGAAGAUAAAUCAACUUAUUGGCUUCCAAAGGAUGAAGAAGAGCAAAAAAGAUUGACAGCUCAACACUUUGCAUUUAAAGAAUUAUAUGGAGGAAACGUACUACCGAGCAUAAUCCGGAACCUAGAUUUUGAAAAGGGUGUCACUAUUCUUGACGUAGGAUGUGGAUCAGGUGUAUGGAUGAUGGAUAUGAUCCAUGAAUACCCCAAUUGCACAUUUUAUGGAUGUGACAUUGUCAACACUGUUAACAGAAUGUUAAGUUUAGAAAAUCUCAAUUUUAGUUAUGGAAACGUUGUCAAGGGACUUCCGUAUCCUGACAACACAUUCGAUUUUGUGCAUAUGCGCUUUUUUGUUCUUGCCCUACGAGUAGAUGAAUGGCCAUUGGCAGUAAAGGAAGCCAUUCGUGUUACAAAGCCUGGAGGAUUUAUACAGCUGUCUGAUAUUGAUGGAAAACUACCAAAAGAGGCUUCUGUUGCGUAUCAUAAACUCAUGAGCGCAAGUAAGUUUCCCUUGUAAAUAUUAGAUUAUUCUUUCAUCUCCCUGAAAUCUUUCUAUUUAAAAAGUCCAAGCCGCUUGUGACUCUAGAGGACAAAAUGCAGAAAUGGGAAAGGAGCUAGACAAUCUUGUUAGAGAAAAUGAUAAUGUAAAGAUAGUUCAAGCAGACUAUCGAGCAUGUAAUUUAAAUGAAAACACAGCAGCAGCAAAAAAAUUUGUAUGGGAUAUAGUGGAAGGCGCAAAAAGUAUGCAACCUGCGCUUGGGCCUCUUCUUGGACUGAGAAACAAGGAUGAUAUGGACCACUUUUCAAAGGAGCUUAAGCACUGCUUGGAAACUAAAGAGUCCUUCUUUUGUCUUAACUCUGUUGCAGCGCAAAAGAUUCAGUAGGAUACUUGCAUGAGUAAACUAAGAUUAUUCAAGCAUGCUUUU